AUGUCUUCUGAUGUUCACGCACUCGCAAGAACUGUUUCAGAGCCCAAAUUGGCUAAGGAUGUCUCAGCGAAUGAGCAGCAGUUCUGGAAUUCUGAUCCUCCAUCCAUCCCGCCCAUCCUGUGGCUCACAGCAAUACAUGCCAAAUGGGCCAUCCAAGCGUCCCAAAGGGCACCAUUCUUCGCUCUUCAACUCUAUCAUUUGGCCCUAGCUUCCCAACACUGCGUCCACCACCUCGCCAACGAAAUUUCCACUAAUGACAACGGUUCAAGCCUCGAUUUAUCACUAAGCCAGGCCGACGAUCUUGCUGACCUCAUCGACGACCUAGGGGACUGUAUCGAGGCUGCAAGUAGUCAGGCGGUCGCCAACGACCCCUCAAAAGAAGAGGAAAAACUAGACCGUAUAUUCAACGGCCUUUCUGCUUUGAACGUAGCGGGGGCAAGCGCGGUCGAAGGAUCGCGCGCAGCGUUCCAAGGUAGAGAGCUGAUUGACUUUCAACGCAGCCGCCAGGAGACAAUACACUCCAGUAGAUUAGAGCGGGCUGGUUCGCCGGCUCCUUCAGAGGGUUCGACCGACCCGGCGCAGACCGACCGGGAAGAAGUCAACUGGAAUACGGACAACGAAUCAGAUGAAAGAAUUCACAGUCACAAGGACGAGAAUACCGAUUCAGAACGCAAGCGUUGGCGUAGAAUGAAAGUUCACUCCGACGUAUACCUUAACCCAAGGGAUCCCCCACGUCUCCAGCUUCUUCAACGUAUUCAAACCGAGGAGUGGUUCCUUCAGCAGACCGCUGAACGAACUCUCUCUGCAGAGGAGGCAGCCCGUAUAUCGGGGGCUAUUGAAGGGGAAUCCGUACUCCUGGGAUUCUUCUACAAGAUACCGGGAAACUACACCAACGACCUGUUGCUUGUUUGCACUCUCUGCAUGCGCUCAAUACCAAACCCGAACAUCUACAAUCGGCUGGACCACGCCAGAGUCCACAUGCGACAUCAUCUCGAACAGAGGCCGAUUACCUGUACAGGGGCUUGCGGGAAAUCUCACUGCACGCAAAGGUUUUUCACCCACAAAGAUCUCUCUGCUCAUAUCACCGGGAAGACUGAGCCACUCGCACAGUGUGAUGGGUGGUACCGGCAAGAGCCUUCGACAGAAGAAUAUGGACCGGCACGUGAAGAAUUACUGCCCAGUCGACUCGCGUCAGAAACGUCUAGAGGGUUCGGCGCCUCGCUCUUCAUCCGUCCUGCGCAUCCACCCACAAUCACCGAUCUUGAUCAGCACCCGCCGGCAACAGCGAUAUUUUCCGAGGAGUUUUCUAGAAUUCAAACACCUGAGCCAUCUGGCCGACCCUCAGAUGUUAAAUCUAUGCGACCGACGACAGAAUUCAUGGUUUCCGAGGUGAAUGACGAUCAAUUGGAGUCAUCGAGAACCGGUCCAAAGUCGGGCUUUCGGAAGCGGUUGCGACUGAUGAAGACUUCUGAUUCACCAGAGAGCUCUAGACCACGUAAGCCAUCAAGCAAGAGUCAAGUUUACAAUGCUGUCAGCCUCGACCUACUGGCGGCAGAUGUACUUCCCCCUUUGAAAGCAGCUUGUAGAGCAAUAAAAUCAAUCCUCGAGGUCAUACAGGCUAUGGAGAUCAGGCAAGAAGAAUGGCUCGAGCUAGCUCAACGUCUGAAAAAAUAUACAUCGGCCCUUGAGGAGCAAAUCACCAUAUUUGAGACAUAUCCUUCGGAUGAGAGGGCCGUAAACAAGGCACUCCGGCAGCCGCUAGUUGACUACGUUGAAUUUCUCGAGGCUUUGCACGAUGAAGUUGCAACCCUAAAGGAGAAACGGAGCCACAGCAAGCUCGGCGUCUUCAAAGCGUUCAGUAGAACAAAAGAUGGUACGAGGCAGAUCCUCAAACUUGGUCGAGAUAUUGACCACAGGCAUAGGCAGCUUAUGGAGGCAUUGCGUCUUUUUAUCGCAUCACGCAUUCAGGUCAUAGAAAGGUCUACCAAGUCAGUAUUAGGAACUCUGGUAGAUGAUGAAAUGUCUCAAAUUGACGCUGCUGCCAUACUGCAGCUGCCAACAGUAGCUUCUUUUGCCUCCUCAAUCCACCAUACAUGUAUGCCAGGCACUCGAGAGGCUAUUCUUGGAGAAAUUCAGGAUUGGGCCCACAACGAUGCCUCGGAUCAGCCAAUAUUCUGGUUGUGUGAUAUAGCUGGCUCCGGCAAAUCCACUGUCGCAAUGUCCGUGGCGCAGUCAUGGCGCACAGAGGGUAUCCUAGGAGGCCAGUUCUUCUUCUCCAUAGCCAGCACCGAAGCCUCAACCAUCGAGAAGUUCUGCCCUACCAUUGCGCGAGACCUCGCCCAUAAUAUGCCCGAACUUGCUCCACAUAUUGCCGAUGCAGUGAAGCGACACCCCGCCGUCAUGCGACUCCCGUUUAACGAACAGUUUCAAACGCUCAUCUCCGGCCCCCUUCACCAUCGACAAGAGCGCGUCAUUUUUAUCAUCGACGCUCUAGACGAAUGCAAAUCCGCACCACAGAGAAGAGAACUUGUCGAAACAUUGUCCAUGGCUGUUCAUCAAAACAAGAAUCUCAAAAUCUUUGUGACAAGUCGGCCAGAUCUUGUCAUUGCAGCAGCCAUGGGAGCUUUGUCGACCCAAACCAAGGUAGUGGACCGCUUGCACGACGUCAAGUACCAGGACAAUGUCGAUGAUGUCGCGACCUAUAUCCAUCAGUCGCUUUCUGGGAUACUGUCGGAGGACAAGAGGCAGAGGCUUGUCAACAAAGCCAACGGGCUAUUCAUUUGGGCAAGUACUGCAUGCCGAAUGCUCACAGACGAAACAUCCUUGAGCUCUCCCGAGUCAAUAUAUGAGCGUCUGAUCUCUACAGACCAGAGUGGAGCGAUAGACGAUAUAUACGACCUUAUCUUUGAGCGCAUAGAUCCAGAGUCAUAUGGAAUCAUGUGUUCAGUGCUCGCCCUGCUGCAGGUUGCAUUUGAGCCGCUCACCACCGACGAUUUGGACGACAUUCUCAAGCAAAAUGGUAUACCCGGGAAUAUCAAUGCGUUGGUGCAGAAUCUUGGGAGCGUACUUGCCGUGAAUCCGAGCACAAAAUUGAUACAAUUUCGCUCUCCCACUUUCAUCGAGUAUCUUCGACGCCGCUCCCAUUCCACGGUCCUCAAUAACCGCACUAAAAUUUACCUGGACAUUGUCAGUGCGCACGGUCAAGCUGCCGCUUGGUGUUUUAACCGCCUCGCGUCGAGAACUGAAGGGCUCAAGUUCAAUAUAUGCCAAGUCGAAUCAUCCUUCUAUCUAAAUCGACAGAUCCCCGACUUCUACUCCAGGGCAGCAAGCUUCAUAUCGGAAAGACUUCGGUACGCCAGCUCCCAUUGGUUGUUCCACAUCGCCGAAACGGACGAAAUUUGGCGAAAAAAGCUCUCAAAUGAGCUCAAGUGCAUCAUUGCGAGCUCAUGUAUACUGCACUGGAUGGAGAUCCUAAGUAUAACGAGGGGAGUGCCGCGAGCCAUCGCCGGGCUCCAAGCCUUUAUACACAGAACAAGUGUUCAAGAGGAGAUGCGAAGUCGCCUUAUUGAGAUACGCCGAUUCAUAAUUGCAUUCAUGGUGCCCAUACAGGACAGCAUUCCGCAUAUAUACAUUUCCGGACUUCCAUUUACCCCCGGGACAUCACAACUACGCAUAGAAGGUCUCAAAGACCAUCAAAAUAUCUUUACUGUGACACGAGGUCUUGAAGAGGAAUAUCAUGGACUUCCGGCGACGCUUCGAGGCCACAGAUAUUCGAUCUCCGCAUUCGCCCUAUCACCGGAUGGUUCUCGAAUCGUCUCUGACUCGGGUGAAAAUGCAAUUCGGCUGUGGGAUGCGGAGACUGGUCAGCCGUUAGGAGAGCCACUCCAUGGACAUGAAGGACCAAUCUCCGCUGUCGUCUUCUCGCCAAAUGGCUUGCUAAUAAGCUCUGCCUCGGAUGACAAGACAAUUCGACUGUGGGAUGCCAACACUGGCCAGCCAUUGGGCGAGCCGCUUCGAGGACACAAAAGAUGGGUCAGUGACGUCGCAUUCUCUCCAGAUGGCUCGCGGAUGGUCUCUGCGUCGGGUGACAUGACAAUUCGGUUGUGGGUUGUGGAGACUGGCCAGCGCCUUGGAGAACCACUUGAAGGUCACGAGGACUCGAUUUCCGCUGUUCAGUUUUCUCCAGACGGUUCAAGAAUCAUAUCUGGAUCGUGGGACAAGGCGAUCCGAUGUUGGGACGCAGUGACUGGCCAGCCAUUGGGAGAGCCGAUCCGAGGUCACGAAGCACGGAUCAAUUGCAUCGCACUCUCACCAGAUGGCUCGCAAAUCGUCUCUGGGUCGGACGAUGAGACACUCCGACUAUGGGACGCGGAUACUGGUCAGCAACUCGGACAGCCACUGCUAGGGCGCAAUGGGGUGGUUACAGCCAUCGCAUUCUCGCCAGACGGUUCACGAAUCGUCUCUGGUUCGAGUGGCCUUACAAUUGAUCUAUGGGAGACGGAUACUGGCCAGCAGCUUGGAGAACCGCUUCGAGGGCACGAAGGCUGGAUCAACGCUGUCGCAUUCUCACCAGACGGCUCCCAAAUUGUCUCGGCCUCUGAUGACGAGACAAUUCGACUGUGGGAUGCGGACAGUGGUCGACCAUUAGGAGAGCUUAUCCCAGGUCACGUAGAACAGAUCAACGACGUUGCCAUUUCGUCAGAUGGCUCCCUAAUCGUCUCUGGAUCAAGCGACAAGACGGUUCGCUUAUGGGAUGCAAGGACCGGAAAGCCGUCGGGAGAGUCACUUCGAGGGCACAGUGGGGUCGUCACAGCGGUCGCGAUUUCGCAAGAUGGCUUGCGAAUCGCCUCUACCUCACAUGACAAGACAGUGCGACUGUGGGAUGCCGCUACUGGUAAUCCUCUGGGAGAGCCACUGCGAGGUCACGAGAAUUCGGUCAAUGCUAUCGCAUUCUCACCAGACGGUUCCCAACUCGUCUCUGGUUCAAGUGAUAGUACCCUUCGGCUGUGGGAUGCGAUGACGGGCCAGCCAUUGGGAGAGGCUUUUUGUGGUCAUAAUGGGUCGGUCAAGACGAUCGCAUUUUCUCCAGAUGGUCUGCGACUCGUCUCCGGCUCAACAGACUGUACUGUCCGAAUUUGGGAGGUAGCGACUGGUCAUCAGAUAGGGGAUCCCCUUCGAGGUCACGUGAACUGGGUGAAUACCGUGAAGUACUCACCAGACGGCUCACGGCUCGCCUCUGCCUCGGAUGACUGGACAAUCAGACUGUGGGAUGCUGCAACUGGUCAGCCGUGGGGGGAACCUCUCCAAGGUCACGAGGAUUCAGUCACCUCUCUCGCAUUCUCGCUAAACGGCUCAACAAUUGUCUCUGGCUCAAGCGACAAUACCAUUCGAUACUGGAACGUGGCGACUGGUCAGUUGUUAGGGGGAGCACUUCGUGGCCACAGUGGAUGCGUCAAUGCCGUCUUAUUCUCCCCCGACGGGUCGCAUGUUAUUUCAUGCUCGAGUGACAAGACAAUUCGAGUGUGGGAUGCGGAUAUCGUUGCGCAUAUUACCACUUCCAAGCAGGACAGCGAGCCUGCAGAGUCAGGUUCUGGUGAUCCAUCACUAGGAACUCGUCUUAGAAUCCGCGUACCUGGAUUCGAGAAGUGCACACUUUCCCACGAUGGUUGGGUGCAAUCGUCCGACAAACAUCUCUUUUGGGUGCCACCGGAUAACCGGCAUGGGCUUCAAUACCGACACCUUCUGACGAUGCCGACAAGGAGCCCGUUCCGAGCGACCGAAAUUGACUUUACCAACUUUCAGUGUGGCACCUCUUGGACAAAGGUUCGAGGAGACGCAAUGGAGUGA